AUGGCCCGACGCUGCGAAGUAUCCCAGAUGCCUUUUGUUGGGACGGAGGAUGAUGGUGCCGUUGCUUCCCAAACGAGUAGGACGUCGCUGCUCUUUCUUACCCUUGCCAUGGUAUGCGACGACCCGCGGAGGGUCAUCACCAUCGAAAUGGAGCAGUCAGCACACCACGUGAUGCAGGAGCUGUUAUGGGGCUCCUGCGGGUCGAAGCGCGGCCCCCAUUGUGCUCAAAAGCCUAAGCAGCACUAA